AUGUUAGAGCUCAGGAACAAAGGCAGGUAGAGUGGCAGCUUACUGUUGCUGUUUUGCUUCCCUAACCCUCCUCAAAAAACCCUAAUCUCUCCAAAUCACACCGGCCCACCUCGACGAGUGUUCGUGAUCUGAGGCCAGGAUCAUCCAGAGAGAGACUAGCCAUGGCCCCAGAAGUCCCUGUCGGCACCUUUGCUGGCAAUGCCAAGGUUGCGACGCUUAACGCCGGCUACUCCAAGCGGGCCUACGUGACAUUCCUUGCCGGCACCGGCGACUACGUUAAAGGGGUUGUUGGAUUGGCAAAGGGGCUGCGCAAGGUGAAGAGCGCGUACCCGCUGGUAGUCGCCAUCCUUCCCGAUGUGCCCGAGGACCACCGCCAGAUCCUACGGUCCCAGGGCUGCAUCGUGCGAGAGAUCCAGCCAAUCUACCCACCUGAAAACCAAAUCCAAUUCGCCAUGGCUUACUAUGUCAUCAACUACUCUAAGCUGCGUAUUUGGGAUUUUGAGGAGUACAGCAAGAUGAUGUAUCUGGAUGCUGAUAUUCAAGUGUUUGAGAACAUCGACCAUCUGUUCGACGCGGCAGACGGGUACUUCUACGCUGUAAUGGACUGCUUCUGUGAGAAGACAUGGAGCCACUCGCGCCAGUACUCGAUCGGCUACUGCCAGCAGUGCCCAGACAAGGUGACAUGGCCCACCGAGAUGGGCGUUCCUCCUCCUCUUUACUUCAAUGCAGGGAUGUUUGUAUUCGAGCCGAGCCGUUUAACUUACGACAGUCUCCUUGAGACUCUAAAGAUCACUCCUCCAACACCCUUUGCCGAGCAGGAUUUCUUGAACAUGUUCUUCCAACACAUGUACAAGCCCAUUCCUCUGAUAUACAACCUGGUGUUGGCCAUGCUCUGGCGCCACCCUGAGAACGUUGAGCUUGACAAAGUAAAGGUGGUCCACUACUGUGCUGCUGGGUCUAAGCCAUGGAGGUAUACAGGACAAGAAGUGAACAUGGACAGGGAGGACAUCAAGAUUCUAGUGUCUAAAUGGUGGAACAUUUACAACGAUGAAUCGCUAGAUUUCAAGGCUGAGGACCCCACACCGGAGGGCGAGACCUUCUCAAGGCCGUUGAUCAAGGCAACCAUGCCGGAACCAGCCAUCUCCUUCAUUCCUGCACCCUCAGCUGCUUAAGGGAGUCCAAAGAGAGUGGUCUGAUUAAGGGUUUAGUUUAAAGUUUGGUGUGAAACCCUAAUUGAGAAAAUAGAGUGUGUGGAUACAACUUCCCAUCUUUCUUGGGACACUCUCAUAGGCUAAAGGAGAGAUAGCCUAAUUAAGUCUAUUGUGAGACUCAUUUCACAAGUACAUACAUAGAUUUUUAUGCGAGAAUGUUUGUUUGUUGUGUUACUCUUUUAACAGGUCUAUAUAAAAUUCAUAAGUGGUGUUUGUUCU